AUGUUAUUUUUAUACAAAUCUAGAUGGUUUAUAUUUUUACACAAAUUAAAGAAUGAAUAUUACACAAGGCUUUUAAUUUUUUUAAACAAAAUGUUGUUUUCAAAAUUUUCAUUUAGUGUAAGAUUUUUUAAUAGGGGAUUAAAUGGCAAAAGUGUUGGAUUAAGAUCUAUUUGUACUGGGAAGAAACCUGAGGAGGAAAAGGAAAAAAAGGAUGAGGGAAAUAAAAAUGUUGGUUCAGGCAAGAAAGGCUUGGUCUUAGGUGUGUAUCAAACAGGCAAGAAGUUUGAACUGUCACCAGUUGCACAAGAAGUGAACCAGAAGUGUGGUGACAAAAUAGCACAGCAUUUAAAUACGUUAUCUAGUGAACUGACGCUGGGCAAGGCGUUUGCCCUGACUGACAUCUUGCCGGAGUACUCUGCUGUAGCACUCACCUCGCUGGGGCCUAAGGAUGCGAGUUAUAACGAAAUGGAGUCCCUUGAUGAAGCCAGGGAGAACGUCCGCUGGGCUGUGGGCGCGGGCGUGAAGCGGCUGAAGCGUCGCGGCUGCACGGCCAUCGAUGUGGACCCUGCCACCGCGCCUGAUGCCGCCGCCGAGGCUGCUGAGCUGGCUGCUUGGAAGUUUGAAUGUUUCAAGUCAACGUCCGGUGACAAGUCGGAGAUAGCAGUGAACCCCUACGGUACUGAAGGCAAGGAGUUAUGGAAGGAGGGUGCGGUGCGCGGGAGGGCGCAGAACUGGGCGCGGUUUCUCUCUGACAUGCCUGCUAAUAUGAUGACGCCGGUGGAUUUGGCACAGGCAGCGCUAGACAUGCUGUGCCCGCUGGGCGUGCGCGUGGAGGCGCACGACCUGGAGUGGAUCCGCGCGCAGCGCAUGCGCGCCUUCCUCGCCGUGGCGCGCGGCUCCUGCACGCCGCCGCUCUUCCUCGACUGCACCUACCGCGGCGCGGGGGCUACCACGCCGCCCGUGCUCAUUGCUGCUAAAGGAGUUACUUUUGACAGCGGCGGCUUAUGCCUAAAACAGUGCGAAGCGAUGAUAGACAACCGCGGCAGCAUGGCCGGCGCCGCCGUCGCUCUCGCCGCGCUCAAGACUGUCGCAAAGCUCAAGUUACCGAUGAACAUUUCGUUGGUGAUUCCUAUCUGUGAGAACAUGGUAAGCGGGCAGUGCAUGAAGGUCGGAGAUGUCGUACAGGCACUCAAUGGAACGUCCAUUAUAGUAGAGAACACCGACAUGGAAGGUCGUCUUAUGAUGGCAGACGCACUGGUGUAUGGCCAGGCGCUGUACAAGCCUUCACUGGUUAUUGAUGUCGCUACUUUUACUCUGGGUGUACUGAUGGCGACGGGUGGCGGCGCGUUCGGCUGCUUCAGCAACAGCGCCGAGGCGUGGAAGGCGACACGAGCUGCCGGCGCCAGGGCCGGAGAUAGACCCUGGCGCUUCCCGCUGUGGCACUACUACCAGAAGCAGAUCAUCAAUGAUGCAUCUGUAGAUCUGAGAAACAAAGGAUCUGGAACCGCAACCCCUUGUCUCGGAGCUGCUUUUUUGAAGAACUUCAUCUGCGGCGACUGGGUGCACAUGGACAUCACGGGCGUCGGCAAGGUGGCGUCCGUGGGCGCCCCGCCCUACCUCAACCCGCGCCGCAUGACGGGCCGCCCCGCCAGGACACUCGCCACGCUGCUGCACGACAUCGCCAGCGCCAGCGGGGCCAAGGCGGCUGAGAACAAGGAAUUUGGCUGUGCUGCUAAUACCUAGACACACCACCAAUAUGAUAAGGUGUUAAUAUGUCAAUAGAUGACAGAAGGCCACACGAUUCACUAUCCCAAAUAAUAUUUAUUUUGUAAACCGAGUAGGAAAUCCAAUACGGUAACAACAUCUAUACAAGUUGUUAAGUCCGUAAAUAAGUCCACCAUCCACGCAACACUUGACGAUCGCGUUAACGCAGCAAUAUCUACAUCUAGUCUCACGACGAGUGUGUAUUUUUUUUGUCUUAUUGAGCAAUUAUCUUUGUUCACAACAUUUUUAUGAGAAGGCCUAUUACUUUUUUUUAACUAAUGGAGAAACAUUUUUUCUUCUCAUAAAAACAAGUCUAAUGUGUUUAGUGAAACAGUUUUGUAUUUUUUGUACACUUUACAAAUAUACCGUGGUAAAACUGUGUUAUUUCAAUUCAAACUUAACGUAAAGGACUAUCUCUUCAAAUAUACAACAUUUCGCUUCAAUGAGAUCUUUAUCGUUAUAAGCAUUACAUGAAAAAUACAUUGAAAAAUUCGGCCGAACCACAACCAGCGUGUAGGCGAUAGUUGAGCACACAAACAUUGAGAUGAGCUCAUUUGUCUACCAGUAUAUAUAAACAGAACAUUAGUACCGGCGAGGUACACUAUGCUAACACAACUCAACAUGUAAUCAAAUCAACAGGGGCGAAAUGAAACACCGAUGCUUAUUGACCUAAAAAUGAAGAAACAUUUAUUUUCAGUAUGUCUUUUGUAAAAUUUAAUAACAGAAUGAAUCAAAUGUGGUAAGAGAAUAACAGAGCGGAUUACUUUCCAUUUCGAUAGAAUUAGUUUCACCAACAAUAGAAAUAUAAUAUUUAUCAAGUCAUUUACAGAUACAAUUAAUGCAGUACCAAUAAAUCUAAUUUAUUCGUUUACUGAGUUAG